GCAACACUCUUGAGCAAAGAGAACUGAAUACAUCAAACAGAAGACAAGAUGGUUACAGUCACAGAGUUUCAGAAGAUAGGUGUGGGGUUAACUGGCUUUGGCCUGUUCUUCCUCAUGUUCGGGGUGCUUUUGUACUUUGACUCUGUGUUGCUGGCAUUUGGAAACGUGCUGUUUCUUACUGGUCUGACAUUCAUAAUCGGCCUGCAGAGAACAGCUCAGUUUUUCUUCCAGAGGCAGAAGGCUAGAGGUUCAACUUUCUUCCUGGGUGGUGUUGCCCUAGUGUUGCUGCGCUGGCCAGUGGUUGGUAUGGUGAUGGAAAGUUAUGGCUUCAUGUUGCUCUUCAGGUCAUUCUUCCCAGUGGCCUUUGGAUUUCUUGGGUCAGUAAUACAAAUCCCAUUUGUCAAUAUGCUUAUAAGCAAACUCUCAGGAAGCAGUACUUCUAUGGUCUGAGGAUGUUUUUGUUUUGAAUGAACAAAAAUGUAGUACAGCUACAUAUCAGUAGACGGACCCCUGGUUUACAGAUUUUUGAUAUAAUGGCCCUUGAAAUGUUGUACUUGUGUUCAGUAUCUGGAUUGACUGCUUCCGGUAUUACAGACUUUUGAGGGUACACCUUUCCUCGAUGAUGCAGAAGUUGUGAGCCAAUCAGACACAGACUUUUCACCAAUGACACUGAGGUCAUUAACAAAUCUGGCGCUGACUUUUUAACAAUAUACAGUCUGCUAACCUCUUUUUAAUUAACCUCCUGUGUCUAUGUGGGUUUCCUCCCAAAGUCCAAAGAUAUGCAGUUCAGGUGAACUAGUAAUGCUAAAUUGCCUGUAGUGAGUGUGUGCAUGUGUGAUAACCCUGCAAUGGGUGUUGUCUCAUCCAACAUGUACCCCCCCAGCCCUGAACCAGUUGCCUCUGGGAUAGGCUCUGGUUCACCACAAAUCUGCUCAGGACAAGUGGUUAUUGAAAUUGUAGGGAUGCAUUAAAUUUGUGCUACAUUAAAUUUAAAACUAAUUUAAAAUGAUUUAAAAUAAAAAUGCAUAAUCUCCACCAGCCUCAGAUGGAUGCCGAUCGCUGACAGAUCAGUUCUACAAACGCAUACAGACUUUCUCAUAUGCAUCUCACACUGAGAAACACCUGGAAUGUCCUGUGUUGUGUUUCCAUUCUGAGUGUGCAUAGCUGCCAACUACAGUCUAAACGUAAAAAUGCUUGACACAGAAAAACAUUUUAGAAAACAGAACGUAGAAAAACAUACAAUUUAAAAUAUUAAAAGAAAAUUUUAAAUAUUUGUAUUGCCAAAAAAUUGAUACUUGAAUGUUUAGAACAUGCGAAACCUGAGAAGUUGGUUUUUGAUUCGAGGUACACACACACAUUUUCUGAACCGCUUGUCCCAUACGGGGUCGUGGGGAAC